AAGUCAAGUUCAUAUGGUUCCCUCCUUUUUCUGACAUUACAGUUCUGCAGAAUUGAGAAACCCUUUCUUUUUCUCCGUCAAAUUAUUUUUUUAUUACGUGGGUGGUGAAUUCCCCGUUUUGCCCCUUUCCAUCACCACCGUUCUGGUCUCUGUUUCAUUCAUUUUUCUUCUGUCAUACAUCGCACCAAAAAAAGGUACUGUGUGUUGAGGUUCUCUUCUUCUCUCUGAGUUCUUUCUCUAUAUAUACGCACACUCAUUCCUCUGUCUCUCUGCAACCGACAACCUCUGCUUCUCUUCACUUAUGCCUCAUUCUUAAGGAGCUUUUAUAUCAUGGAAGAGUUGAAGAUGACAGGAAAUGUUGCGAACGGUGUUCAUGUUGAAGGGGAAGGUAAUGAGAUGAAUGUGAACCCUGAUUCCCUUUCUAAGGAAACCUUUAGUCAGGGAAAAGGUGAAGGCGGUACUGCUAAUUUUGGUGUUGAUGGGGUGGUUGAGCCCUCCAUUGAACAGCUUUAUGAGAAUGUGUGUGACAUGCAGAGUUCGGAUCAGUCACCGUCGCGGCAAAGUUUUGGAUCUGAUGGCGAUGAGUCUAGAAUCGAUUCUGAAUUGCGCCAUCUAGUUGGAGGACGGAUGAGGGAGGUAGAGAUAAUGGAAGAGGAAGUUGGGGAGGAGAAAGGGCAUGACAGGAGCUCAAGUAGUGAAAUAUCUUCCGGAUUGGAUGGCUUGACCAAUGAUAAGAAAUUGGAUCAGGUGAAUGAGAUUCAGGAGGUUCAGCCUGCAGCUACUAGUUCUGGUUCCUCGGUAAAGUCUGUUAAAGCAUCGAGUUCACGGAUAGGACCUGAUACUUCGCCCAAAUCAACAGCCAAGGGAAAAAGUCCUGCCCCGAAACCUCCUAUCGAAAGAAAGAACGGUAGGCCUUCGAGGAAACAAAGUAGUGGUGUUAGUGGUGUUACUGGCGUGAAGAAUUUGAAGAAUUCUCCUUUGGGAAAUAAGUCAGUGUCACAAAACCGUGUUGAGAAAAGGGCCGAGUCCGUAUUAGACAGACCUGAGAGGGCACCGAUAUUACUAAAACAAGCAAGAGAUAUGAUUUCAUUCGGGGAUAGUCCUUAUAAGGCUCUUGACUUAGCUCUUCAAGCAAUGAAACUGUUUGAGAAGUUAGGUGAUGAGAAACCGAGUUUGGAGCUGGUUAUGUGUUUACAUGUUAUUUCAGCAAUACAUUGCAGCUUGGGUCAAUAUGGUGAGGCAAUUCCAAUUCUUGAACGGUCAAUUGAGAUUCCUGUUAUUGGGGAAAGUCAGGAACAUGCCCUUGCUAAAUUUGCUGGUCACAUGCAACUGGGAGACACCUAUGCUAUGCUGGGCCAGCUUGAGAAUUCAAUUAAGUGCUAUACCACUGGAUUAGAAGUCCAGAAGCAGGUUUUGGGAGAUACAGACCCAAGAGUUGGUGAAACUUGUCGGUACGUGGCUGAAGCCAAUGUUCAGGCUUUGCGAUUUGAUGAAGCUGAGAGGCUUUGUCAGAUGGCUCUAGACAUUCAUAAAGCAAAUAAUUCAGCUCCAUCUCUUGAAGAGGCAGCUGAUAGGAGGCUCAUGGGCCUUGUAUGUGAUACAAAGGGAAAUCACGAAGCUGCUCUUGAGCAUCUUGUUCUAGCCAGCAUGGCAAUGGUCGCUAAUGGCCAGGAAGGGGAUGUGGCUUCUGUUGACUGCAGCAUUGGAGACGCAUACUUAUCUUUGUCUCGAUAUGAUGAAGCUAUCUUUGCGUAUCAGAAAGCUUUAACAGCUUUCAAGACCAACAAAGGAGAGAAUCAUCCAGCAGUGGGAUUUGUCUUUGUGCGUUUGGCUGACUUGUAUAACAGGAUAGGGAAGAUAAGGGAAUCAAAAUCAUAUUGUGAGAGUGCACUUAAAAUAUACGAGAAUCCACUUCCUGGAGUUCCUCUAGAGGAGAUUGCUAGUGGUCUUACAAAUAUUUCAACUAUCUAUGAGUCUAUGAAUGAGCUUGAACGGGCUCUGAAGUUACUGCAGAAAGCACUGGAGAUAUACAAUGAUGUCCCUGGUCAGCAAAGCACAAUAGCUGGAAUUGAAGCUCAGAUGGGAGUCAUGUACUACAUGUUGGGGAACUUUUCUGAAUCUUACGAAACUUUGAAGACUGCUAUUUCAAAGCUUCGUGCUAUUGGAGAAAAGAAAUCAUCUUUCUUUGGUAUUGCUCUUAAUCAAAUGGGACUUGCCUGUGUGCAACGGUAUGCCUUAAGUGAGGCUACAGAAUUAUUUGAAGAAGCAAAGAGUAUUUUGGAACAAGAAUAUGGUCCGUAUCACCCAGAAACACUUGGGGUAUGCAGUAAUCUUGCUGGCACAUACGAUGCAAUUGGCAGAAUGGAUGAUGCAAUUCAAAUUCUGGAGUACGUUGUUAGCGCGAGGGAGGAAAAGCUUGGGACAGCAAAUCCUGACGUGGAUGAUGAGAAGAAAAGGUUGGGUGAGUUGUUGAAGGAAGCAGGAAGAGUUCGGAGCAGAAAAGGCAGGUCACUGGAGAACCUUCUUGAUGGCAAUGCUCACACUGUAAACAAUGUUGUCAUCAGGGUCUGACGAUGAUUUAUACCAAAGACUCGUGAAAGAAAAGCCAUGCUUUACAGGAACUCAAAGUAGCAUAUGCUGAAAGGCUGAAAAGAUAAACCUGCAGUCUGGACAGUAUUAAUUUAUUGGUUAUAAUUGAAUGAUUGAAUAGUGUUUAUCAUUGAUGAGGUAAAAUUGGAAGAGUGUAAUUUUUGUGCUAGAUUAUUUUUGUUUAAAAGCUAUGUUAUUGUUUAUAUGAUAUUAUGUAAGUAAUUAUGGUGUAUAGAUACUCCCCUUGUUUGUGUAUACAACAUUUUCCCCCUCAUUUCACAUAUCAAGAGAAGACUUAUUUUUUCUCC